AUGAAGUCCUCGUCGCUCGGUGCGGUGACGACCGUUCUUGCCCUCACGAAUCUAGUGAGCGGUGAAGAGAGUUUCGAUCCCCUCAAGCAUCUCGGUGGAAAUGGUCAAUGGUUUUCUGGACCCAAUGUCCUUGGUAUAGACCCGGCAGCCCCUGAGGGCUGCACCGUUGACCAGGCCGCCUUUGUCUCCCGUCAUGGUAGCCGCUAUCCUGACCCGGGAGCGUAUGCUGAAUGGACUGCUCUGGAGGCUAAGAUCAAAAACGCCACCUUCACCACAAACGCUACUGAGCUCCAGUUCCUCCACAAUUGGACGCCAGUGCUCAGCGAACCCUCGCAGCAAAUCGCCCAACUCUCGACCACCGGCUGGAAAGAGCUCUACGAUAUGGGCGCAGCCUUCCGGCUCGCGUACCCCUCGUUCCAGGCCUACAACACGCCCUUCUCCCUCUGGGCCAACGCCUACUCGUCACCGCGCGUGCUCAACUCGGCGCAGCUCUUCGCGCGCGGCUACCUGGGCCCCAACGCCACGGCGCUCGGCUCCAUCUACGUCGUGAACGGCAGCGACCCGCGCUCGCUGGCCAACAGCCUGGCGACGUCGAACCUGUGCCCGGCGUACGACGACAACGGCGGCGGCGCGCCCAAGGACGCGUGGGACGCGACGUACCUGCCGCCGGCGACGGCGCGCAUCAACAGCCUGCUCAGCGGCGACCUGGCCUUCGCCACGACCGACGUCGGCAUCUUCGCCUACCUGUGCGGCUUCGAGACGCAGAUCGUCGGCCGCCGCUCGCCCUGGUGCGGCACCCUCACCGAGGCCGAGUUCCUGCAGUACGAGUACGCCCAGGACCUGCGCUACUGGUACGGCAGCGGGCCCGGCAACGCCGUCGCCAAGGCUACCAUGCUGCCCUUCCUGCUCGGCCUCGUGCAGCGCUUCCAGGACGGCCCUAACGCGACCUACGUCGACAGCAACGGUGACAGCUGGACCCCGCCGCCGCUGACCGCGGCUUUCACGAAUGACGGCCAGGUGAGCCAGUUGGCCGCGGCCGUCGGCGUGUUUGACAACCUGCCCGACUUGCCCGGCGAUCACUUGCUGGCGAACAGGACCUUCCGCGCGAGCAGGUACGUGACGAUGAAGGGAACGGUGGGCUUCGAGCGCCUGAACUGCGCGGAUGAGGGUCUGUACAUGCGCGUGAAGCUGAACGAUGUCGUGUACCCGAUUCGGGGCUGCGAGGACGGUCCGGGCAGGAGCUGCGGGCUAGACGCGUACGAAAAGCUGCUGGGCGACAAGCUGGAGGCAGCGGGCGGCUUCAGGGAGGUUUGCAAUGUCACCGAUACGACGGUGCCUGAGGGCGAGGAGAAGACUACCUUCUUGUGGGACCGGGCGUUGCCCUUUGAGUCAUUGGCAAGGCCCUAG